UCGAAGGGUGUUUAAUGUUUACUCAAGAGAUGGUCCCUUUAGGACUACUAGUAGUUACAGAGUACUAACACCAUCAUGUCAAUGACCAAUUGACACAAUGACAUACAAGCAUCUUUAUGACGUCCCUGAGAUUAAGUUUUCGAUUGCAAAGGACAGUUACGGUAGUGAGAACACCUUUGGAUUUAUCAUUCCCCUCACAAGUCAAUGAUAGUGGACGACCGCCAACACUAAUAACACCUAAUUUAGAUUCUCCAUUAAGUCAAGUGUCCAGCGAAGACCUAGAUUUUACCUCACCAGAUGGACCUAGCAAAACUAACCCUGGUAAUCCUAGACCAGAAAAUAAAAUGGAUACUAGUAUAGGAUCAGUAGGUGAUAGAUCAGUCAGAUCUAUGGACAGUGAUAGUUUAGGACCAGGUGGAGAUGCUGGUUCUCCCAGACGUGCCAAAACAAUGCGAACAGAAACAGAUAUUAUGAAAUUAUCUGCCAUGUCAGGAGAUGGUUAUACCGAUAGUCUUUCAAGCAGUCGUCCUGCUUCUGCUGCCAGCUCCAGAAGUCCAUACAAAGAAAAAGAGGCUGAGAGGAGGGUUAAGGAACGUGAAAAAGAAGAAAAGGUAAGAUUGGCCAGACAACGAAUGGCCGAAGAAAGGCAGAAAAAAUUAAUAGAAUUAAAGGAACAACAACGAAUAGCUCAGGAAAAUCGUGAACGACAGUUACAACUGAGAAGAAAGAAGAUAGAAGAAUUAAGACGUAGAGAAGAUGAAAGAAGAGCUGCUGUAGAGGAGAGAAGAUUAAGAAGAGAAGCAACUGAAAGAAGUAAACGAGAAGCCAUUUUACAGCGAGCAUCUGAACGUAUGACCAGAUACGAAGCUUGGAAGACCGGCGGUAGAAAAGGUGGGAGUGGUGGAGUAUCUGGCUUUGGAAGUCGCACUCCACGUGAUAUCUGCAAACCCUCUGAUAGACCAAAUCGGUCUUCUUCGCAUAGUGCGCUAAUAAGACGCUCGCCUAACAGUUCUGACUGUGGCUAUAUGUCCCCUCAACGCCGAGCUAUAUCGGCCUGUAGUUCUGUGCGCCGACACUGUUGUGUUGAUAUUAACCGUACUGGCCAGAAUCCUGGAGCACCUCUUCCACCCUCUAAACAUUUAUCUGUUUCCACGAGUGUGUUAUAUCAUAAACGAAAUCCUGAGUUUUCCUCAACUGGCGGUGGGCUGAAUCAUGCACAACCCGGUUCAUUACUCGCUCUGAACACCAUUCCAGAGGGUCGUCGCUCUUUUCUAGCACCAACUUCGUCUCCACCUCAACGUCCGAAGAGUACUGUUACCCUUAACACUGCUACUUCUGGCACCACAGUCAAAUUCAGAGAAAAUAAAUCUCCACGUAAGCCAAGACCAGCUAGUGUGGCUACAUCAAUGCCAAGUUUUAUGUCUAGUGAGAGCCCUAAAGUUCCCUCUCAGAGGAGUUUAAGCACAGACAGACUUGCGAAAGAAAAACGCCAGAAAAUGCAAAAAGAGGAUACAGAAGAAAAGCCGAAGAGUAUGAAACCAACUGUUAAGUUUAAUCGACAUAGUAUGGAUAGAUUAUCAACACCUAAACAACAUAAAGAUCCUAUGACGACCAGUGUUGAACUACCAAAACGAGAUCCAAUUAUUAAGAGGUCACCUAGAAAAGCAUAUUCUACUACUAAUCUGGCUAUGCCCAGAAAGUCUCUACCUGCUAAUGUGAAACUUUCUAAAGAAACACCAGCUAGACUACAGAAGGGUGGUGGUGAUACUGAAGAUAAGAAAAUAGCGGUGGUGAAACCAUCUCCUAGUACUGGUGGUAGUAAAACAACAAGCAGUAUGCCACCAAUAAAACAAUCUUUAACACCCCUCGCUAAACCACAGCCUGCUGCUAACAGCACACCUAAACCUGCACCGACACCUGCAGUAACUGUAGAUCCACCAAAAGAUGAACAAAAAGAUGUGGAAGAUUACAAAGCUCGUCUGGCAGAACGUCGGCGUCUGGCAAGAGAAAAGGCAGAAAAAGAAGCAGAAGAAGAAAGGAGAAAACAAGAAAUCUUUCAGUUGCAAGAAGAAGAAAGACAGAGACAAGAAGAAGAAGAACAAAGAAAGAUGGAAGAAGAGGCGCUAAGAUUAGCCGAGGAAGCUAGAAAGAUAGAAGAAGAACGUCUACAGAAAGCUAUUGAAGCGGAAGAAAAGAGAAGAGAAGAAGAAGCUAAGAGAUUAGAAGAAGAAAGAAUAGCUAAAGAAAUGGCUGAUCAGAAAGCACAGGAAGAAGCUGAAAGAAUGGAAAGAGAAAGAUUGGAACGAGCAAAGAAAGAAGAAGUAGAGAGAGUAGAAAGAAAAAAGAGGUUAGAGAUGAUAAUGAAACGAGUUAAAACUGAUGGACCAUCUGACACAAGCCGGACGGAGUCUCCUAAUAAAUCUAUCUCUGGAUCUCCUAGUAAAAGUACAGAUUCACUCAAUGAGAAUGAGGAUAAACAGAAUCCAAUUUCUAAUUCAAACUCUGAGGAGGAAAUCUCCAGACCUGCAUUAGACACAAUUGAUGCUGCACAGUUUCAAACUCCUGAUAGACCUACAGAUGGUGAUAAACCACGAUUCCGUUCCCCAUUAUUACAACAAAUGGUGGAAAACAAGUCAGAUUCUCCAAGCAAUGAUCGUCCUAAAUUCAAGUCCCCUCUGCUUCAGAACCUGUUAGGCAAAACGAAAGUUGGAGCUCGAAUCGGGCUCGAAAAGGCACAUGAAGAGUCCAAAGCAGGGGAGAUAUUGAAUACGUUAAGGCAGAAAGAAACUCUCAGCUUUUCGUCUUCUCAAUCACUGACUAAUCUUAGUCAAACUUCGGACUCCCUUGCUGACAAGGAAGCAUUGGAGAAGAACAUGUCAAAGAGUGUCUUUAAUAUAAAUAUGAAGGACGAAGACAAAGAUAUAGAUACAACCGAGUCAGAAAAUUCUUCAAUCGUUGAUGCUAAAGAGGCUGAUGCUGGACAAAAUUAUGAUCAGAAAUCUGUUGAUGAGGAUCUAGGCAUGUCAGCCGAUGAUGAAAAUACACAACUUAUUGAUAAUAAACAAUUUGAUAAUAGUGACACUUCAGUCCACACUAAUGGCUUUACUGAUUACUCAACUGAUCAACUAGUGGAGAUCAGUACAGAAAAUGGCCAAGUGGAGGAGGACAUUAACAAAAAAAGUGUUGAAAAUGGUGUCACAUUGAAAGGAGGUGCUGAUUCAGGUGUGUUGAUGGAUCUAGGAGAAAGUGGAACUAGUCUUCAUUCAAUUCCUGUGAAUGGCAGUAUGUUACAUGACCUCAUUGAUUCCAGCAUUAGUAUGCAAUCAGUUGACAGUAAUGUGAGUGAGAAUAUAAGUAAAGAUUUACCAUCUCGAUCUAACGACUUUGAAGAAUUUAUUGACCUAUCUGUACCUAGUAAAAAUGUGGAUCUGAAAACCAAUCAGCUUACAGAUUCUCUUGUUAAAGAAGCAUCCAAUGAUUUACUCAAUUUUAAUAAUAUAGAAGAAAGCGAAGAACAAGAGAACCGAACUCCUUUUAUUGCCUUUGAAGAUAACACAAAUAGGAAGCAAGAUGUCCCAGAUCUUCUCUCGUGAUGCUGAGACCACAGUGGAUGAUGAUGCACCACUCAAUGUCAAUCUUGGAUUGACCCAGCAACAUGAAGAGGUUUUAAAGGACAUAAUUCCUGCCACCAUCACUAUCAAAGAGGCCAGCAGUUCCAAGCUUUAUGUACCUGUUAGUGAUAAUAACAGCCUAAUUAACAAUGUUGCCCCUUCAUCGGUUGUUGUAUCAAACUCUAAACUAGAUAAGCUAUGGCAACACGUGGAGUCCAUCAUGGCACAAAAUCAGAGAAAAGUGCAACAUAUAUUAGAAGAACAUGGUAUUGGGGAUGGGGAUGAAGAUAAAGACAGUGAGGAAGGACAAAUAUGGAAAUUAAUAGAAGGAAAGUCGCCAUAUACCAUAAAUUUAGUGUGACGAUGCAUGACCAAGUUAGUUGUUUUACUGCUGGGAAUAGUUAUAUACUAUGUAUAUGCAAUAACAAACUGAUUAUAUAUGGAAAUAAUUGUUUGAAGUUGCCAUAGCUUAUUGUUCAACAGGAGUCAUUCUUGCCUUUAGGAUGAAAUACUGGACUCUGGUUCUUAUUUUGUACAUAUAUAUUUUAUCCAUGUUUCAUCCAUGUACAGCUUCAAGUACAACAUGCUGAAAUAAAUUAACAAAAAAAAAACUUAUGUGAUACCAAUAUUGACCUGAGGUAUAUGUUUACCAUGUGCUGUGUUGUGCUCUAGUCUUGUCCUCAUUACAUUUGAAUGUUGUACUUGCAGCGCUAGGGCAGGGCUUUUUGUUGUGAGUGGUAUAUAUGUUGCUAAUAAAAGGUGGUUUAACUGUAUAUAACCUAUUAGACUUUAUAUAUAAAUGUCAUAUACAUUCAAGCAAUGUUCCGGUUAUGAUAACUAGUGAUGUAUGGUAUUAUGUAAACAUAUGUUAUAUAUGAUAUCACUAUUAUUAAAUAAUUAACUAUAUGUUAUUUAAACUAAAACGUGUGAAAAUGAGAGAUGUAAAUUAUGUGAAGAGUGCUAUUUACAUGUCGCUAUAUUUCCUUCUGUUGUACUAUCACAGAUCACCAUUUCUCUUGAUUAAAUUAGAAACUUUAAAAUAAUUGUAAAGGUUUAAAUCAAAACUUGCAUUUAUAUUGGUACAUGACUUGAUAUUUAAUGAGACAAAAACAUUCAGUAAAAUUUUCAUAAUGAACUAAUGAAUUUAAAAUUUGUAAUCGAAGUUAGUGUGCUGUGAUGCUUUUAUGCAUGAUAUCUGCAUCGUUAUGGAAUAUAUAUCACGUAAUUAAUUAUUUAUCUGUGUAAAACUUUAAUGGUAGACUAAGGAGGUAGAAUUCUGUGUCUGUUGUUACUGCCAUGUUAUGAUGACCUACUGACAAUAUUAAAACAUUCUACACUUGUUACAGAAUGUGAUAUAUUUUGAUGUGAUACAUUUAUUACAGGUAGAUGUGUGCGUGUGUGAUGUGUGCUUAUUAACUUCUCAUACCUUGAGUUGUCAUUAAUAAUUGUAUGUAUUAAUAAAUUUAAAAAAGUAUGACUGUAUCCUUUUAAAUAACUACUCUUUAGCUUAUUUAAGGAUUAAAUAUGUAAAGAUACAUUAUGUAAGAUUUAGAUAAACAGCUGACCAUUCUUGCUUUAAUAGCUCAAAAAUAGAUAAUGUAAAAUGAAAAUAUUGAAAAUUUCAUUCUAAUUACUUUAUUCUGAGCCAAAUUAUCACUGUUUGUAGUUUUGACAAGAUGUGUGCAGAUUUAACUCUUGCAUAAUGUAUGUUUAAUGUGUGUAUUCAAGGAGAGAAGGAAUUAUUGAAUGAUAUUUAUAAACUAGUUUGUGAAGCAGAAGGCUAUUUCUAGUGUCUUCUGUGUUUUUUGUAGAUAAUUUAUACUAUGUAUAUUAUACCUGAAUUUUAAUUUCAGGAACUUGUAGUUCCUAUAUUCAUGUAUAUUUAAUUAAGAACUGAAAGGAGACAAAAUACAUUAAUUUUAAUUAGAAAAUACACUUGAAAGUUAAUCUCAUUUAUUUUAAUGAUAUGGGAACACAAUAUUUAUCUAUUAGAAGAUCAUAUGAUUAGAUAAUUAUUAUUAAAUUUAGUUUUUAUAUUUUAUUAGUUUCAUACCAUUAGUAAUAAAACCAGUUCAAAAGAGAAUGUAUUGUAAUUAAACACUUACAUUGUUUGUUUAAAGUGUCAUAAUAAUCAAUGUAUACAUAAGCAAGCAGUGUUGUCGUUAUUCUAAUUGUGUAUGCAACUGUACAGAUUUUAUGUAUGGCUAUGGCUCUUUCAUUUAUUAACAUUAAUGUUUUGACCCUUGCUGUAAGCUUUCAGUAAAAGUCUUUAAAAAAAUCUUCCACAAACUGAGAUAAAAUAUUUAUGAUUAUUAUAUUUGAUUUGAAGACAUCUUGAGUAAAUUCAGUUAUUUUCCUGAUAAUGACAUGGUCAGUAAUUCACAUAAUUUUAUUCUCUUUUAUAUCAAUUAUAUGGUGAUUGUUAAGUAUUCAUAUGGAAAUCCAAGUCUUAUUAAACAGUUAUAAUAUAAAUGAAUAUCAUAUUUAUUCCAAUUCCAUAUAUUAUGAAUAUGUUUAUACUUUAAAAACAAUAACUAUAUAUAUAUAAACAGAAGUAAGUGUACAAUGCAUCUUUAUUGCAGUGUCUUAAUUUAUAGGAGCUCAAGUUAUAAGAAGUCAUCUGCACAUCUGUAUUAAUUUCCAUCUUACACAGAGUGCUGUAUUUAUUUGUAAAUUUAUUUGCUAAUUUGUUUCCUAUUUCUGAUGUAUGAUGGUUUUUAUUGAUAUAAAGCUAUCACAAUAAA